AUGGCCGAGGGAACGCUAAGGCCGCAGUGGGGCCCGACCGGAAAAGAAGAGUCCGCGUCAGUUCCUGCAGCAGCAGCAACAAAAGCAACCGCAACACAAGCAGCAGGAGCUUUCUUGACACUUAAGCAAGCAGGCACAACGCAUGCGAGGGACUCUUCGGGGGGUCGUCCAGAAGGUUCGUUGCUUCCGCAGCAGCAAUUACUGCAGCAGCUGGAGCAGCCGCAGCAGCAGCAGCAGCGGCAGCAGCAGCGGCGGCAGGUGCACCGCACGGACUUAACAGGUCUACGCUGUGGGGCCAGGGAUGCGGGCUGCACCUGCAGCAAAAUCAGACCCAGCAGCAGCAGCUUGCCUGCUGCUGCUGCUGCACCGCAGCACAAGAGGCCCCUUAGCAACUGCAACGGGCUACGGAUGCGCUGCUGCCUCACCCGCAGCGAGUGGGGCAGAAGCAGCAGCAAUAUCAGCAUCAACAAAGUCCGCAGCAGCAGUACUGCAAAGAAUGGCACCACACACACUGAUUCGGCCGCACCGCCGACGGGCGAAGCAGCAGCAGAAGCACCAGCAGCAGCAGCAGUUCCUGCUGCUGCACAAGUUCCUGUUAAAGCCACGUUGAGACCGCCACUGUCAGGAGCCGCCGGAAGCAGCAGCGGCGGCAGCAGCAGCAGUUGCAGCUGCUGCCUACACUGUUGCUGUCCUGCUGCUGCUGCCGCCAUGCGGCCGGCGCUCCCUCACUUUUUUCAGCGGUCUGCGGCACCCCCUGCUGCUGCCAAGGAAGCAGCAGCAGCAGCAGCAUCAGCAGCAGGAGCGUCUUCUGCAGCACCCCCGCUGCGUGGGACGGAGGCAGCACCAACAACAGCAGCGGCAGCAACAGCAGCAGCAGCAGACGCUGUGAAGACCCCUCACCGAAGCCGUCUUGUCCCUGUGGGGCCGAAGCCCAGCAGGGCAUCUCGGCGGGCAGUUGCAGCGGCCGCAGCAACACCCGCAGCGGCAGAAGCAGCAGCACCACCAUCUGCAGGAGCGGAGGCAGCAGAAGCCAAAGCAGCAAGAGCAGCAGCGGCAGCAGCACCAGCACCACCGGCAGGGAAGGAGGCAGCAGAAGCCGAAAGAGCAGCAGCAGCAGCAGCAGCAGCGCAGCAAGAGCAGGAUAGCUGCCACCAAGCUGUAGGAGGCUGGCAGGUCCCUCUCAGUUUGCCUGUGCCUCUUUCGUUGGCUCCUGCGUCCUAUGCUUGUCGCGUGAUGGCAGCAGCUUCUGCUGCAGUUGGUGCUACGGCUGCCGCUGCAGCGGCUGCUGCAGCAGCAUCGCCGCACUCCGCAGCAGCAGCCGCAGCAGCAGCAGAAGAGGAUCUUCGGCUGAAACGACUUCAUGUGGAAGAUGCUGUGCUGCUGCUGCAGGUUGCCUUUGACCUGCAGAGACACUCCGUGCUGCUGCCAACGCUGCAUGUGGUGGGGGAUGACGGGGCCCCUGCAGGGUUGCAGCCCUGUGGAGCGCUCCUCUGCAGCAGCCGCAGCAGCAGCAGCAGCGGUAACAACAGCAGCAGCAGCGGCAAGCAUGACAGCAGCGGCAGCUGCGGAAAUCCAACGGGAUCGGCUUCUGCUGCUUCUGCUGCUGCUGCUGUUGCAGAGCAUGAAGACGCACCGCAGGGGUCUGGGGCCCCUGCUUGUAGCAGCCUUGGGUGCAACAGCAACACGGAGGUGCUGCUGCCACAUUUGCCAGUCAUUACUCCGGAAGAGCUGCAGCAGCUGCAUGCAGCAGCAAUUCGGCUCUAUGGAGAGGGCAUGGUUCCUUCUUUCUGGCAGCAGCAGCUUUUUCUUAAUCAGCAGCGGGUUGGCCAGAACUAUGCGCUGCAGCAAGCGCUGUAUCGGUUGCUGCAGCAGCAAGAGCUGCCGCAGCAGCAACACUGCCAACACCAGCAGCUGUGGCAGCUGGAACAGCAGUGGCACCAGCAGCAGUGGCAGCUGCAUCAGUGGCAGCUGCACCAGUACUGGCAGCAGCAGCAGCAGCAGCAGCAGCAGUACCCGCAUUACUUCCGCAACUCAAACAGGCAAAACGCACGGUGGGCCAACAUGAGGCCUGCCGGAAGGCAGCAGAAGCAGCAGCAGCAACAACAGCAGCAGCACCCGCAGAAGCAGCAGCAGCAGAAGCAGCAGCAGCCGAAGCAUCCUUCCCGCACAUCCCGGCAACACCACCGUCGUUUUGCAGCAAAUUCUUGUCCACCUGCUACAAGAGCAGCAUCAGGUACAGCAGCAGCAGCUGCUGCUGCUGCUCCUGCUGCAGGAGAAGCUGACAACUCCGUUCCCUCAGAGGCUGCACCUGCUGCUGCUGCAGAGCGUGCUGCUGCUGCAGCACCCCGUGGGGCUGUUGCUAGCAACAGACGCCAAGCAGGCACCAGACGCCCUCGCCGCUCUGGAGCAGUUGUUGUUGCUGGCAGUGCUUGCAGCGGAUCAGCAGCAGCAACGGCAGCAGAAGCAGCCAGGCAGCGUGCUGCUGAAGUAUCUGCUCGCCACAAGGCCUUUCGCGGCCUUUGUGCUGCUUUGGGGUUUAUGGCUGGCGCCUUGCUGCAAGAGAACGAGAGCAGCAACAACGCAGAGGCAGUUGCAGUAGCAGCAGGACCAGCAGCAGCAGAUACCAGUCCUCGAAGUGCGGGGACCCGCUCCAGCAGCAGCAGCAGCAGCAGCAGCUCCUGCAGCAGUAGCAACGGCAGCAGCAGCAGCGGCAGCAGCAACAAACUCGCUGCUGCUAGGAACCCAAAAGGAGGCCUGGAGGUCUCUACGCUGCCCGCAGCAAAGCUUGUAGCUUCGAAAGAAAGCAGCAGCAGCAGUAGCAGCAGCAGCAGCAACCGCAAAGGCAACAAUACCAACAGCAACAGGAGCAGCAGCGGUGUGGUGGAGUUACCCUGCGCUGCUGCUAAGCCCAGGAGGAAUAUAUCAGAGGCUGAUAGAAGCUGCAGCCGCGAAAGUCUGAGGGGCCCCCAAGGGGGGCCCCCCGGCAUCAACAGCCCCGAGGGUCCCUCAUGGGUUUCAGAGGGUCUCGCAGCAGCAGAAGGCUCUGCCCCCUAG